AUGGUCACCAUAAGUAGAACUCAAAAUGCAGGAAUUUUCUGGCCCAAGCAGGGCCUUGGUCCUCCCAACGUGAGGUGGGUGCCCCUCGGUUCACUCCCUCCUGCUCAGUUUUCAUUCCCAAAGCGAGUCCCAGCCACUCUACCUAGGUCCGCAGCACACGGACAUCCAGCGGAGCUUGGACCUGCUGGAAUUUGUUUUCAACUGAGUGGUUACUAUGAGCCAAGCACUGGAGGCUCAAACGGGAGCAAGAUUCAGUCCCUGCCCCGCAGGAGCUCCCGUCACGUGCGGAAGAGGACCGGAAACGGAGAGACCACGGACGAGGACCGGAAACGGAGAGACCACGGGAGAGGACCGGAAACGGAGAGACCACGGGAGAGGACCGGAAACGGAGAGACCACGGGAGAGGACCGGAAACGGAGAGACCACGGGAGAGGACCGGAAAUGGAGAGACCACAGACGAGGACCGGAAAUGGAGAGACCAUGCGAUACGGCCACGUUCGCUAUCCUUGGUGGGUCCUCUGCAUUGUCUUGUCUGCUUGGGUGCAUGGGGGCCUCAGAAUUCGAAUUCACCUCUGCAGCAGUGAGGACCCUUUCCCCCGACGUCCCCACGGGCCUGCUGCUAGGCUUUGUCAGGGCGUGCAGGCUCACCUGAAAGGCCACUGGCCUCCCUGCAACGUCCAUGGCCAGGGCCCUUGUUAUCCAGCCUUGAUCCCAAAGACCCGAAGCCAGCAGGAGACCCUUUCGACUCCUCCUCCUUUCUCCAGCUCGUACUUCAGUAUUGGGAAAAAGCCCCAGGAAGCCGAUUCAAUGUCUUAA